AUGCGUGCCAGAAUUCGCAUGAGGCACCAGGGCUCACCAAAACAGUUGACGAGAGUGGGAUUCGAACCCACGCCCCCGAAGGGACUGGUGCCUAAAACCAGCGCCUUAGACCGCUCGGCCAUCUCGCCACAUCUCAAUUCCGGAAGGCAGCAGUUCAAAUGGAAUUCCCUAGAUUUUCCACAGUUCCACAUGCGUGCCAGAAUUCGCAUGAGGCACCAGGGCUCACCAAAACAGUUGACGAGAGUGGGAUUCGAACCCACGCCCCCGAAGGGACUGGUGCCUAAAACCAGCGCCUUAGACCGCUCGGCCAUCUCGCCAUACAUACUCGUCGAAGGCAGCAGUUCAAAUGGAAUUCCCAGAUUUUCCACAGUUCCACAUGCGUGCCAGAUUUCGCAUGAGGCACCAGGGCUCACCAAAACAGUUGACGAGAGUGGGAUUCGAACCCACGCCCCCGAAGGGACUGGUGCCUAA